UGAUGUUAUGUAAUGUUAUGUGGUAAUAUAGUCGAAAAUAUUGAAACCAUCUGAGAGCAAAUAAAAUUUCUGCAAAUUGAAAAAUACACACUAUCCACUUUGAAAUAAUAUGAACUCAAAGCACUCCCUAAACAGAUCAUUGCUCUAAAAAAUAUUAUUUCUAUAAUUUUGACAACAUUUCCGAACGAAACAUCAGGACUUCGCGGGCUUUUUGACGUAGUGCAAACGUCAAUGUCAAAACAAAGUUGUGUUGUCUGCUAAAUGUUGUACAAAGUGACUAAAAUAUUAAUAAAAUAAAUUAAAGAAUGAUUAUUGAAUGAAAUCAAAUAGAAAAGUUAAUUGUCUAGUGUUUUCUAUGUAUUGUGUAUAGAUUUUAACAAUGACUUCGCUAUUAUCAGCGGAAUUAUCGGCAACAUGCAAUGCUUUAGGAACGUUCGAUAAAAAAACCGGCAAAUACUUAAUUGACGAUUUUACCCUUAAUACUGUGAAAGAUUUAAUUCGUUAUUUACGUCGUGAUGGCGAGGAUCAUGAAAUUCGUCGGCAUUUUGGUCAAACAAAGGUGUUGCAAACAGAUCUUAUUCCCAUGUUGAUUGACCACUGGGAGAAUACAGAACUAUUUGAUGUUACACUCAGACUACUAGUUAACCUUACAAACCCAGCAUUACUGUUGUACCGAGAAGAAGUACCUGUAGAAAGGACGGCAAGACAUAAUUAUCUACAGAUCUUAUCACAUUUACAAGCUUACAAAGAGGAAGCAUUUACCAAAGUUGAAACAUGGAACAUUUUUGCGAAGAAAUUAGCUAAAGUUUUAGAAAUUGAUUGGACAGAAAGAGAUGAAGACACAGGACUUAUAAUUGAGAGGAUUUUGAUCCUAAUUAGAAAUGUACUACAUGUUCCUGCUGACUUAGAUAAAGAGAGGAGACCGGAGAAUGAUGCCAGUGUUCAUGACCAGGUUUUAUGGGGACUAAAUCAGUCAGGUAUCCUAGAUAUAAUUCUGUACAUGUCAUCGGAAAACGAAAAGCAAUAUUUUAUGCACAUCCUAGAGAUCAUAUCUCAGUUGUUAAGGGAACAAAACCCUAGUAGUCUGGCUGAUGCUGCUCUACAGCGGAGUGUUGAUGAGAAACUCCGAGAUGACCAAGAAUUACUUUCAAUUAGAAUGUCGGAAAGUAAACAAAGGAUUAACAAAAUUAAGCAAUAUUCUGGUACAAGGCAUUCCCGCUUUGGAGGCACUUAUGUAGUACAAAACAUGAAAUCAUUAUCAGACAACGAAAUCAUCUGCUUGAAACCAUUGAACAAAAUAUCUAAUUUAGACUUUAAUGCUGGCAGUAAAAAAUCUAAAUUUGUUAAACCUAAAAAUAGAAGGCCUGUUGAAAGUGGUAUCUUAGAAAGGAGAUCUGCAUUUGCAAUUAGGUUAUUCCUAAAAGAGUUUUGCAUAGAAUUCUUAAACAGUUCCUACAAUCCGUUGAUGCAUUAUGUAAAAGAUGUAUUAGUGAGAGCUAAAGCCCAACAAAAUGAUGAGUCAUAUUACUUGUGGGCCGUGAAGUUCUUCAUGGAAUUCAACAGAGGACAUAACUUCCAGGUUGGAUUAGUAAGUGAAACAAUGUCAGUACCAAUGUUCCACUAUGUACAGCAGCAAAUGGAGAAGUACUAUGACAUGAUAAAAGUUGAAAAGAAAAAGUUUACGGCCUGGGUGAGAAGGCUACACUUAGCUCUAAGAGCUUACAAGGAGUUGUUAAAUACUCUACUGGCCAUGGACAAAAGUACUGAUUCCACCGUCAAAGAAUCCGCAAAAGUUUUAAAAAGCAACAUUUUUUAUGUCUUAGAAUAUAGGGAAUUUAUCAUAGCAACGGUUUUGAAUUACGACGAAAAUAAAAUGCCGAGGUCUUACCUAGUGGAUUUAAUGGAAACAGUGCACUUGUUCCUAAAAAUGUUAGAACAUUACUGCAAGAAAACUGGCUUAGUUGUUCAAAAGAAAGUGAGAAAAAAGGCCAAAUCGAAACCAAAGAAACAAAAGGCGGUUGUACAAAAGCCUAAGGUUGCGUCCCCGGCGGUUUGGGAGGAGGUGAGGGCGCAGCUUGCCGCGGUCCUCAGUUCGGGCGUCGAGGAACAUCCGCCGCCCUUCGACGCCGCGUCCGACGUGCCCAUCGACCAACAAAAAGAGCAUUGCAUGAAAAACAUACAGAAAUUGAUGAAGGAUUACAAAUUUGAAGAAGCGGUUGGCAUGUUCAGAGCUGCGAGGGAAGUAUGGCCUGACGAAGAGAAUGCCGACGAUUUAAAUGAAACUCAAAAUUCGGAGUAUGAUGAAGAAGUCUAUCACACCUUUUUACUCUUUUUAGACGAAGAAGAUGAAGAAGAAAGGUCUACAGCUGUCGUUGAAACCGACUUUGACUUCAAAGACUUUGUGAACAGAUUCUGUCACCCGCGAGUGGUAAGUGCGUGCGUGACUCUCUUGGAGAACUAUGACAAAAACCUGCCACACACUAACCACUGCAUAGCUAAGAUGUUGCAUAGAAUCGCUUGGGACUGUAAGCGGCCUAGCAUGAUGUUCCAGGCGUCGCUCUUCCUCAUAUUUCAAAAGAUACUCGACAAUCGAGUACCCCAGUUCAAGGAAUUGGAAAAGUUCGCUAUAUACAUAUUGAGGAAGUUCACAGAAGUUGCUUCGAAGAAUCCUAAAGUGUUUAUUGAGCUUUUGUUCUGGAAAAAUUCGAAAGAUUCUCUGGAUAUUGAAUAUGGAUAUGAUUUAUACACUGAUAACAGAGACAAACCCGGUAAAGGAGUUUGGUCCGAGGAGCAAGAGGAAGAACUCCGCAGGCUAUACAUGGAGAACCAAAGCAAUCCAGAAACUGAUCAGGAUGUAAUCGAUUGGAUUUUGGAGAACUUGAUUGAUCAGACGCGGACUAGACGUGGCGUGAUAAAGAAGUUGAAGGAAUUAGGACUGAUAUUCCGAGCACCGACCAAGCGCAGUCACAAAGAGCCGGGCAGUGAGAAAGUACCUAAAACGUUCACCGAGGAGGAAGACCAAAUGCUCACCGAGCUGUGGGAACAAUUCAAAGAUGCACCCGAUCCAAUGGGCGUAAUAAUGCCGCGUAUGCCUCGCAAGCGUCAAAAGCGUAGCUUCGUCGACAGAUUACUGGAGUUAGGUAUGAUUCAAGACAAAAAAGAAUGUCGCAAAAAGAGACAAAAGAAAUCUGAUGGUAAAAGCAGUGGCGGAGAUGACGAUAAAUCGAACAGCGAACCAUCAGACUCGGAAUCAGACGAUAACUCGGGCUCCGAUAGCGAUGCACCGCCACAGCCCAUUAAAAAUAAACCAAGUAAAAACAAGAACGUUCCAAAACCCAAUAAAAAGCGAGAGAAGCAACAGAAACGAAUCGAGCUGACUGCUAAUGAGAUCGCUAAGCUCAUGGUACAAGCCGUCGACAGCGAUUUAACUGAAGCUUUGAAAUGGCUGGCGGAGAAUUUAGAAGAAGUUGCUUUGGACCAAGAGGCUGAGGGCUACGAUCCGGAGAGUGAGGGCGUACCUCUACUACCGCUGUCGCAGGAGUCAGUCGACGCCAUGGAGAGUAAACUGUUCAAGAAAGUACUGCUUGGGGUUGGGGUGUGCCACCUUUUGAUGAACAGGUAUGUCGAAAAAUACUGGAGAAUACCGAGCACCUUGCACUUUGAGACAAUCAGGAAACGACGCGAGAUAAUUAUAAAAGCUAUUCACAAAGAACUUUUAAUCGACACUAGUGAAGCGGCCGAGGUGACGCCCGCCGUAGACAUAGCAGAAAAAGAAGAAUCGAGCGAUGACGACGACUUGUUCGAUAAUUUGAGAAAGAUGCGAGAUAAUAAUGAAAUGGUUCCCAAUAAAAGUGUCGGUACGAAAUCCAAUGAGAUAACACGUAAUCGGAAACGCACCCGCAGCGAUUCUGACGACGACGCCGAUAACAGUCGAGGGAAAAUGCAGAAAAUUGACGAAGCAGACGAAAGUGUAGCGAAUAAUGACGACGAUGACGAUAUAUUGUCGUUCGCUAAACGAACUCUACAACACGAGGAACUGCCGGACAGCGAGGAUAUUAUAAGCAAUAUUCCUAAAUUGGACAGCGAUAACAGCAGUACUGAAGAUAAUGACGAGAUAAUUGUGUCGUCGAGGGAUAAAAAGAAGCGUAGAAUAGUUAUCGACGAUGAUUCAGAUUAAAAUGUUCAUCAUAAUUCUUUUGUAUUUAUAUUUUAUUGUAAGUUGAUCUUCAAAAUAAAGACUAUGUUAUUUUUAAAA